UCCACUGUGUUUUCAUCCACGAUAGGUCUAGUUGCGAAAGGGAUAGGGUCCCGAAUUUCCAUCGCCUCUUUUGAUAACUCCCUAAGCCUUAAAGAAGAAGUUGCGCUCCCCUAAGACCAGCGUUAAUUAUAAAGAAAAUACCGAAAAAAACAUCGACCCAUUUGUGAUAAAGUGUUAAGAGACUAGAUCUGGUCUCAAGAGAGGAAUUCCGAAAUUCAUUGAUUCUUGAAGGCCUCCAUCGAUCAGGGACGAUGCCGAUGUGACCGUCCCAUAAUCGGGGUCUGAUCCGCGUUGAUUAAGAUAUUCAUUCUAAUUAUGAAGUACAUAUGUGCGGGGCUUGUGAUUGCAAUUGUCGCGGCAUGUACUUGCGGAGCUCGCGGUGAUUGCACCUCGCGUACGCAGAUUUCCUUUCUUACGAGCCUCCACGAUGACCCGACUUGCAGAAGACUAUCACCUAAGGGUGUUCUUUUAGCCGAAGCUUCGCAGUUCUUGAUAGAGGCUCACAACAAUCGCACCAGUGGGAACAAAAUAGAGGUUGCUGUACUGGAUACUUGUAACAGUAUCACAGGUGCGGUUAAAGCGACGAUGAAGGCAUUAGUUCUGGCGGACAUGAAUUGUCUGCAGCCACCGCAACAUCUAGGUUUCAUCGGACCGGACAGCGCGUCCAAUGUAGAGGCGGUGCAGAAAGUCACGUCCGUCCUCAAAGUGCCACAUAUCGUUAAAAAAUCCUCCGACUCGCCGUACAUGCACCGUUUGGUCAAAGAAUCGGACUCCUACAUCGUGCAGGGCACUUUGAAGGUAAUUGAAGCCUUGAAAUGGAAAUCGUUCACUUUGGUGGCUUAUCCCGAUGAAGACGGAGAGGACGACAUACAAAAUAUCGCCCGGAAGCUCACCAAUGGAGCCAUUUUGAAAAACUUGUGCGUAAUGGUGCACGAUGACGAGAGUGACGAUUUUACGUCCCACGUUGUACACAUCGGACAGCCCGAGCCUGGGUUUUUGUCGAAACCGGCUAACGCUACCAUUUUAGUGGUUAGCGAAGGAAACGUGGAGGAACUCCUUAAUGGCAUGAACACCACGAACACGGUUCUUCUUCUUGAAGAUGCGAGAGACGACCUCGAUGGUUUGGAGAGUCGAGUCCUGAAUUCGAAGUUAUGGUCAAAUGACCAAGCCACAUACGACGCCGAAGAGUUAAGAGACGUUCGUUGGCUAGAAGACGCCAUCUUGGUGUACACAAAAUCCCUGGAAACGGUCUGUAAGAAGAAGAAGUGCAGGAACCCGUUGAACCCCGUCGAGUGGAACAACGUGGUGGAGGGUGCGACGUCGAAACAGAACACGGACUCUACGACGGGGUCCAGGACCCUGGAGCUGUUCAUGAAGGGUUCAUCACCCACGGUGGAGGAAUUGGGUAAGAUUGUCGUUAACAAGGGAGCCGCGAAGAUCUACUGGAGAGGCCAGGAGGUGGGAAGCGACGAAGACGACGACGACAGCGAGGAGGAAAGCGACGCCAUUCCGAAGACGCUGAAAAAGGUCCUCGCCAAGGGUAAGGACGUUCGUUCGGGGUGCGCGACAUCCGGCAAAGAGAUCAAGACCCUGACGGAGGACGACGAGCAGGAAGCUGCUCACAUAGUCGUCUCGGAAAUGGACGAUAGCGAGUGGUGGACCAUGGUCGGCACUGUAAGCGGCGUUGGGGUGGCGAUGUUCGCCGUGGGCAUUCUUGCCGUGUACAUCCUUUAUUCCAAUAUUCGGGGCCCUAGAAGCCCAAAAGGGAAGACUAGAACACUAGAGCGAGAUACUAGCCUGAGGAGAGUCGGCAGUGACCGGGAAUUGCCUUCCACGAUAACCAGGAACACCCGUCCACAAAGGGGACCGCAAAGGAGAGACAGCAACAGAAGCAUAAGAAGCAACAUAUCCGAUAAAAGCGUAUGAAGGGAGCUUUCGAUUAUGGAUGUUAGUAAUCGAAUACUAAUUGUAAGGACAAGGUUACGCCGGAAGUGAUGAAUUAUUAGCGUAAUGGGGUUACCAACAACUAGGUACUUCAACGAGGGAAUAUUGGCUAUUGUUCCCGUCACUCCACUUAAUCAAGCAACCAACAGCGAUUAUAUAACAGGGUCUUCGCAGACAAUUCCCGAAUCGAUGGUUUAACCUUCACCUGUUGUGAGAAAGAAAAUCGAAAACCAUCCAUGGAUCACACUAUAUGCACGUGGAAAGAGAUUCGAAAGUGGUUAGGUAUCGCGACAGGGAGAGAAAUAAAUUGUAGAUAAAUUCAACAAUUGUCAUAUGUAUUUAUUGAUAUAAACAAUGGUUAUAUCUAUUCUUCAUUUCACGAAGCGAUCCAUCGUUCGU